AUGCUUAUACUCAUGCUGUGCCUCCUUGUGCUCUUGGCAGGCCUUUUAAUGGCUUAUGUGUUCUUUGUGGUGGUUCCACUGUGGGUGUUCUUUAGUCAUUUCUUCUUCAUCAAAAUUCCGGCAGGCAUCAGCCACCCCAAGAAGCUUCGGGCUUACCACUGCAUCUUUGAGAUCCUGUUGACGUGGGGCAGACUUGUGGAGAAGAUAAAAAUCUGUUCUAUGGCCCAUUUCGUUCGUUUUGUACACGACCUGUUGCCCCUGAAGGAGGACCCAGAUGUGGUGGUCACAGACCUGCGCUUUGGGACAAUCCCUGUGAAGAUGUACCAGCCCAGAAGUUCCUGCAACACCCCCAGGCCUGGCAUCUUGUUAUACCAUGGAGGAGGGGGCAUGAUAGGGAGCGUGAAAACCCACCAUGGCAUCUGCCUUAUUUUGUGCAAGGAGAGUGACUCCGUGAUCCUAUCGGUUAGCUACCGUAAAAUGCCUGAUUUUAAAUUUCCAGUAUCAACUACUGAUUGCAUGGCAGCCACCGUCAACAUCCUGAAGUCCUUGAGUGCAUUGGGGGUGGAUCCAGCUCGUGUGGUGGUCUGUGGUGACAGUGCAGGAGGGGGACUGGCUGUUGUGAUAAGCCAACAGCUUUUGAAAGUUCCUGAUCUUCCGAAGAUCCGUGCUCAGAUAGUCCUCUACCCUGUUCUCCAUGGUCUUGAUUUCCAAUCACCUGCCAAUCAGCAGAACAAUGUUCCAUUAUUACCUAGGUAUUUAGCCAUGCAUUGUUUUCUGACAUACUUGAAUAUUGACCCCUCCUGGGAAAAAGACAUGAUAACAGGUGCCAAUCUGCCCUCUGAAAUCCAUGAGAAGUACAAGAAGUGGUUGGGCCAUGAGAACAUCCCUGAGAGAUUUAAGCAGAGGGGUUACCGCCAGAAGCCUGUGGCACCCCUGAAUGAAGUGGCCUAUCAAGAAACAAACCUCUUGCUAGAUGCCACCAUGUGCCCACUAGUGGCAGAGGAUGAAGUGAUGUCUCAGAUGCCUGAAGCUUUCAUUGUGAGCUGCGAGUAUGAUUAUCUCCGGGAUCACUCACUGCUGUACAAGAAGAGGCUGGAGGACUUGGGUGUCCCAGUGACAUGGUUGUAUGUGGAGGACGGUUUCCAUGGAGCACUCACUAUGAUUGACAAGGGUUUCUUCUUCAUUCCCUGCUCCCGGAAAAUUAUGAAUGGCAUGGUUGAUUUUAUCAAGAGAUUGUGA